AUGGCAACAGUGGAGGUGAAGCCGAUACUCGGCGAAACUGCCAAGGAAGUUAUCGUUGACGUCAGAUCAGUUGUCCACACAGAUAUGUCGAAGGAUAUCGAGAAUAAUACAAAAUCCUGUGAUAAUGAUGAGAAAGAGGCGGAAGUAGGAAUGGGGCAGUACCCAUGCACAGCUGAUGAUCACUUCGAAAUUCGCCUUAUUGAUGCCGUUGAAAAGAACCCCUGUAUCUUUAAUCGCUGCCAUCCACUUCAUAAAAUGUCCGACUACAAAAGUCACGUAUGGAAUCAAGUAGCUCAGCAGCUUUCUUUCUCAGGCCCUGGAGUGGAACUGGAGCGUAAAUGGCGUCAUAUGCGAGAUCGUUACGUACGGCUUCGUAAAAUCGACAAAACUAGCGCUCCGCUCAAAAAAGGAGAUAAAUGGUACUACUACUAUAAGAAGAUGUCGUUCUUGGAUCCCUACAUAGAGCAUCGAAAUAGGCGAAAACGUGGUGAUCUUAUGACAAGCAUCAUGAAACUUGGAGGCAAUGCUGAAGGCUUAUUCGACUCGCAAAUUACUGAAAGAAAUGACGAAGAGGAAGCGAGUGAUUCUGGCGAAGGAGAGAUUGAGGAUCGUUGCGACCCAUUAAAAGAGUUCUAUGCAAGCUUUGCUGAGCAGAGUAUGGCUAUGCCGUUGCCAAUUGAUGUAGAGUGUGUUGUUGCUAUUGUUAUUCUGCCGUCUUAUCAUCAUUUUGGUCGUGUUUGA